GUUACCCCACCAAGGAUACGAGAUUUAGGCAGAGCGACAAUGAAAUUUCCCCUUUGCACGAAGCGCUAAGGGGUAAAACAACCAUGCCAACUCUUUCUAGCAGUGAACCUAAUGACCAUGCUCACUCCUUCAAGAGCUACUACAAUAAUAGUGAAGCAAUACCACACCAACUCCACUCAGUUUCUACUCCCAUACCACCAACUAGCAUCAUUGCAUCAACAAGGCUGGAGCAAAGCUUGAAGAAAGAGCAAGAGCUUAUGCGCAUGUUUCUGACAACUCCUGUAAGUGAGGAUGCUCGAAGGAAGGCUUUGUCCUUAGAGCCCCAGUCAAUAAAAUCUUUGCUCCAAGGAGACCCUAUGGCUAUUCUCCAAGCCCACUUUGACAUUGCUGGAGUUUCUGAUCCUGGUCCGAUCUUCCACGACCCUGCCUUGCAUGUUCCUAAGGAGAGGAUGCACAAAACUCUUGGAUCUUCAUCUUCAUCCCAUGAUGACCUUUAUGGGAAAAUACCAUAUGCCAAACCAACUUUCUUUAAUCAACCCCCCGUGUCCUCACUUGUCCAAAGAGAGCAGCAUGUGCCAAGUGGUUUUCCAAGCAGCAAUUCUUAUGAUGCCAUCAAAGAGGUUAUGGGCUCUACAAUUAAUUUUAGAAGAGUCAAGAAGCAGAAGUACACAUGCAAGCUGUGUAGCGCUGUGUUUAGCUCACAACAAAUGUAUCAUAGUCAUAUGAGCUUGUUGCACAGCAAAGGAAUAGGGAACAAUUAA